CCGGCCGGAGGCUGGUGGUCACUGUCACUCUUUACUAGCAGGGCAGCUGCCGGGUGUGGCUUCCUCUGGUCAGGCUCUACGAUGACCCUGAACCACCUCUUUGGCUGCGCGAGAGGGCAGCUGGAUCAAGUUAAACGGAAUCAGAGUGGUCACAGCCCUAGAGAACCUUAUUCCUCCCUCCACAUCCUGGAGAGCUGGCCCCGCCCACCGCGAGCCUGAGAGUUCUUGAGGAGGCGCUGCCCCUUUAAGAGGCGGGCACCGGAGGCGGUCGCUGCGCCGAUUGGCGGAGCUCGCAGCCACGUGGCGGUCCUGGCAGCAAGGGCUGUGGCCCGGCUCUGGUGGCGGCAGUGGGGCUUCUGGGGGGUCCCUGGGAAGGGGCGCAAAUUAACAGAUGUGCAUGAAGAAGUGUCUGGUCGGCCUCACGUUUUGUACCUGCUACCUGGCUUCUUACCUCACGAACAAGUAUGUCCUGUCUGUCUUGAAAUUUACCUACCCUACAUUAUUCCAAGGGUGGCAGACACUGGUUGGUGGACUUUUGCUUCAUGUGUCAUGGAAACUGGGCUGGGUGGAGAUCAACAGCCGUUCAAGAUCUGAUGUUUUGACGUGGCUUCCUGCUUCGGUGCUAUUUGUGGGUAUCAUCUAUGCCGGUUCCAGAGCGCUGUCCAGACUGGCCAUUCCUGUGUUUCUCACUUUGCAUAAUGCAGCUGAAGUUAUCAUCUGUGGGCACCAGAAGUGUUUUCGGAAAGAGAAAACUUCUCCUCCAAAGAUUUGUAGUGCCCUCUUCCUCCUGGCCGCUGCUGGGUGCCUGCCCUUUAACGACUCCCAGUUUGAUCCAGAUGGAUAUUUCUGGGCUGUAAUUCACUUACUCUGUGUAGGGGCUUAUAAGAUACUACAGAAAUCCCAGAAACUCAACAAGUUAAGUGACAUUGACCAGCAGUACUUCAACUAUCUAUUCAGUGUGGUGCUCCUGGCUUUAGCAGCUCACCCCACAGGUGAUCUCCUCAGCGUCCUGGACUUUCCGUUCCUGUAUUUCUACAGAUUCCACGGCAGCUGCUGUGCCAGCUCCUGUCUCUUUGGUCAGGCCGUGGCACUUGCCUGUUGGCUUGGAUCUGUGCGGAUUUUUAGGAUUCUUUCUCAUGUUCAGCACCAUGAAGCUAAAAAGCCUUAUGGCUCCGGGGCAGUGCGCAGCCUGGAUUUUCUUUGCUAAGUGCCAUUGAUCAUCACAGUGUUCUCUGCUGCAAAAAUGUGAUAACGAUUCUGGACUUCUCAACUUUUGACCUGAAUGAAUUUGCUUUAAAGAAAAUACCCGGAAUUUCUGCCCAUGUUCUGACUGCAAGGUUUAUAGGAAUUCUGUCAGUAUCCAAGAUAAUUUAUAAUACCUAAAUUAAAGUUUUUGGCAAUACAAAGAGCAGUUAAUUGGGAAAGUUUACAAGGCCUCCACUGUGGGAAUAAAUUGAUGUUUCCUUGGUUCAUUGUGGAUACAAUAAAUGAUGGCUGAGUGAAUGCUUAUUUUAUGCAUCUUUGCAGGCUUGUGCACUCAGAUCAGAAAUAAAGGUACAAUUCUGCACAUAUCUUGUAGAGUCCCUUCCACUGCCCCCAGUUAUGCUCUUAUAAUGUAUGUGCCUGUGUCUUUAGCUGUGCCAUUAAUCCUGUUUGAGUUCAUUUUUCCUUAUGAAGAUCUUUUGUCCCAGUCAUUAGAUCCAAGUUCCCCAGGGUGUGGCUGGACACAAGGUAAUUAGCAGGGUGCACUUCACCAUCUGUAUGUGCCCAAACCAGAGGGCAAGCAUCAGGCCUGUGUCAUUGGAGAAUGAGCUGGCAGUCAGAGCUAAUAAAAUAAAGCAGUUUUUGGGAACUCGGAAGGAGCAAACUUUCAUUAUGGGAAAGCUAAGUUUUUUGUUGUUGUUUUGUUUUUUAAAAUAUUUGGCUGUGCCAGGUCUUACUUGCCACCAGGGAUGGAACCCAGGCCUGCUGCAUUGGGCGCUUGGAGUCUUAACCAGUGGACCACUAGGGAAGUCCUGGGAAAGCUAAGUUUUGACACAUGAUAAUAGAAAAGAAUAACAUGUGGAUUUGAAAAACUUAGUAGACAUCUACUUGGUGCCAUUUUGGGCAAAUAACUUCUCUCUCCCAUAAUGCCUUAGAGACAUCUUGGUGACCUGGCCCCCCGGGGGCCCCAAGUACCCCACUGGAUCUUGCCCCAUGCUUGUUCUCCUGUUUUAUCCCCCAAAGUGGAAUUUGCUUAAAGUUCCAGUGGCUCAGAUGAUAAAGAAUCUGCCUGCAAUGCGGGAGACCCAGAUUCGAUCCCCAGGUCAGGGAAGAUCCCCUGGAGAAGGGAAAGGCAACCCACUCCAGUAUUCUUUCCUGGAGAACUUCAUGGACAGAGAAGCAUGAGUCCAUGGGGUCUCAAAGAGCAACUAACAUUGCACAGAUAGUCAUUUGCUCAUUUUUUUUCUGUUGAAAAUGCCCUCCCUUACAAAAAGUAGUCCAAACUUGCUCCGCACCCCACCCCGCCCCCUCACCCCGACUCUUCAUCAGCACUUUAAAGUGACCCAGUGGUUCUUUAGGUUAAGAUUUCUGAUGCUGUUUUUGUUUUUCUCUAAGUAGGCUGCGUCAGUCUGUAAGGCCAGGCAGUUCACAAGCUGUUAUGUGACACCAAAACAGCCAAUCUGUUAGUCAAAUGAGUAGCAAAAAAGGUUUUUUACAGUCAACAGUUGAUUGCCUGAUAUUAUGUAAGAUGUACUAAGUCGCUUCAUUUGUGUCCAAUUCUUUGCAACCCUAUGGGCUGUAGCCUGCAGGCUCCUCUGUCCAUGGGAUUCUCCAGACACGAAUAUUGGAGUGGGUUGCCAUGCCCUCCUCGAAGGGAUCUUCCUGACCCAGGGAUUGAACCUGCAUCUCCUGCAUUAGCAGUCGGGUUCUUUAUCACUGGCACCAUCUGGGAAGCAUAUAUUAUAUAAGCUAGACCACAUUUGACCACGUGUUAGAACACAUGUGUAAUUGUAUCUGAUUGUUUCUGUGCAUACCUGUGGGUUUGGGGUAGUAGAUUAUGAGAGGAACAGGCUGUCUCUGGCUACAUUUCCACAUCUGUCUUCUUGUCAUGUGACUUCUGGGGGUGUUGCAGGGGAUACAGGGAGACACCCCUCCUUCAGUUAUUUGAAAUGAACUUCUUUUCUAAUGUCUUGAGCGUCCUAGCUAUCUGUGAAGGACAGAACAUAUCAAGUGUAUUCCAAUGAAAAGGGAAAUGGAAUAAUUGCCAAAACGUUCCCUCUCAAAGUGUUGAGCUCCCAAAUCCUAACAAUCCUGUAUUGUUUAUCUUAAAAAAAAUUUUUUUUAUUAGAGUAUGGUUGAUCUGGGGCUUCCCAAGUGGCAUUGGUGGUAAAGAAUGUGUCUGCCAGUGCAGGAGAUGCAAGACAAAUAGGUUUGCUCCCUGGGUCAGGAAGAUCCCCUGGAGGAGGGCAUGGCAACCCACUCCAGUAUUCUUGCCUGGAGAAUCCCAUGCACAGAGGAGCCUGGCGGGCUGCAGUCCAUGGGGUCAGAAGAGUUGGACCUUAGCAUGCACCUGCGGACAUGGUUGAUUUACAGUGUUGUGUUAGUUUCUGCUCUACAACAAAGUGAGUCAGUUGUGCCUGUAUUAACAUAUGUAUCCACUCUUUCUUAGAUUUUUUUUUCCCAUAGGCCCUUACAGAGUUUUUUCAUUUAUUAUUUUUUAUUGAAGUAUAAUUGCUUUACAAUGUUGUGGUCGUUUCUGCUAUACAACAAAACAAAUCAGCUCCAUGUAUAUAUGUAUUCCCUCUCUCUUGAACCUCCCUCCCACCAAAUCCUAACAUUUUCAGGGUGCACAGAAGUAAACAGCUCUGGCAUAGCCAGGUGGGAGCAUACAUUUGGCAGUUUGGAACAGGAGUGCCGACAUUGCUUACAGUAGGGUUUAUGAGAUAGGAAUGCAAGCCUUGAGGUGGUGAGCACGUCCCUGACUCUCACUUGAAGGGAAAAACCAGCCCAGUUCUGAGCCCAGGGAAGAAAUGGUGCUUCUUCUACUGGUGUAUCCCUGCUCUGACAUCUGAGUUGAGCUUCACCAUGUGAACCACUCAGAUCCAGUCAAGUCCUAACGCAUCUUUUGUGAAGCCGGUCACGCUUAUUCUUAUUUUCAAGUUAUGCUUAGACAGUUGACUGUUCACUCUAAGAAUUAUAUAAUCAUGACUCCAUUUCAAUACUCACACCUCCUAUGAGGGUUUUCUUUUCCCUGAAAAAGAAUGUUUCAAGUUGCUCUGUGGGAAGUUGAUAUAUUCAACAGAGAUUCAUAGAGUGACCUGUCACAGUCCAGGCUGAGAAGAUGAGACAGCAGAGGGAAGGGACAAAGAGCCCUGCAUUUUGGAGGCAGAGAGGAUUGGAAAAAAAUCCCACUCUCCAACAAUGUAACUUUGAAAAGAUUCCUUAGCCUCUGGAUAUAUCAGUUUUCUCAUCUGUAAAAUGGGAAUAAUCGUAUAACUUUCACAGAAAUAUUACAAGGAUUACAUGAAAUAAUGUACUGUUGUUGUUGUUCAGCCGCUUAGUCCUGUCUGACUCUUUGUGACCCCGUGGACUGCAGCAUGCCUGGCUUCCUUGUCCUUCACUAUCUCCCAAAGUUUGCACAAACUCAUGU